AUAUUCCUUGGGUCCCCUUAUUAUCUCAUUUUCUUUUCCCCAAUUUCCAACCCCCAAACUUGCCAAGAACAUCUUUUUCAUCGUCUCCUGCCCUACCGUACCUACACAAUUAUCUACUAUCUACCUUCUAUCAUCCCUCCCUCGUCAUUCGCGUUCCUAUUCCUAUUCCUGUUCCUGUUCCUCAGAACUUAUCCCUUCCGUUUCGUUGUUUCGUUAUCAAUCGUAAUGUCUCAACCAUCCCUCAAAAUAGUAUAAUGAUUAUAUAAGAGCAUGUCACUCCAAACCGUCCGGAAUGUCGUACUGUUAUUCAGCAAUCCUAGUUGGACGGGUGGUCACUCGGUUCCCAGCACUAUCCUCAGAAAUAUUACCGCAUUAUCAAGCCAUAUAGCCUAUUCCGAGGAUCUACUUCAGAACAUCACGACCCUCUCCACUACUUCAGUUUCAACGCCAAAUGGGGUCAUCCAAGGUCUCCUGUAUGUGCCAGACCUCGGCGACGAUGACCCGUGUCAGGAAGAGGCGGCAAAAUAUAUUCCAUCAAAUGUCACACGACAAGUGAAUUUGCCACCUACGAAUUACAACCUUAUUGCUCUAGCGCCGUGGAUUAACGUCGACUGUACCCAGUCAUUUCUUGCCUCGGCUAGGUUGGACCCCAUCCGAGGGAUGCUUGUUUAUCGUCCAGAUAACGAUACCAGUCAACCACCAGAUAUCGACGACGAUGCUUGGGACCUAGGAGAUGGAGGGAUGUGGAAGACGCAGAAUCGGUACCCCGUCUAUGCGAUCCCCGGUGCUUCCGGACACGAGAUGAUGAGACAGCUGAGUCUUUAUUCUGGUGAUUUAUCUCAAGUCCCAUUCAGCAAUCAGAUCAUUUCUACGUAUUCUCCAAAUCCAGCAGAUUACGUACGGGUAUGGACGGAAUUAACCGUAAUUACCGUAUCGACGACGCUCCCGCUCUGGGCAUUUAUUCUGAUUAUUAUUGGUGUAAUUAUUGCCAUCAUAGGCAGUACGUCGUUGCUCAUGCAUUUUGUUCAGAGUCGCCGUCGUGCUGCUUUACGACGCCGCGUGAUGCGGGGUGAAGUGAAUCUGGAGGCUCUAGGUAUCAAAAGGCUGAUGGUGCCGAUGCAUCAUAUCCUAACUUUCCCUCUAUUUACCUAUAAUUACGAUCCGCCAUUGCCAUCAUCGCCUACGUCAGUCAAAUCCCCACAGAAGAUAGGGCGGAGGUCAUCAGAAGGUAGUCGAAUACCUGCUAGCGUAAGGAUUGAGAAGAGCGAUUCGGCCAUCGACUAUCAACCUACGUGUCUCAUCUGCUUAGAAGAUUUCGAGUCUAAGAAAACGAUCAUUCGUGAACUACCUUGCGGCCACAUCUACCACCCCGAAUGCAUUGACGAAUUCUUGGGCCAAGUUAGCUCAUUAUGUCCUUCCUGCAAAGCGUCAAUGCUGCCUCGCGGUUACUGUCCAAAGAUAACCAAUUCGAUGGUACGUAGGGAGUUUGGCACUCGGAAGCUAAGGUCUAGUGGCGCGGUGAUCACCGUGGACGUCGAAAGAGGUCGUCAGAGGCUAUCCUCGUGGAGUAGCUCUGUGAAGAAGCAUAUAUGCAAGAUCUCAUCUCCGCAGCCGGAAGAAGCUAUCGACUUACAAGAGCAACCAAGGGAUGAUAGACCAAGCACAGUCGGAACGACACGAGAUCGUAUGCAGGACCUUGUAGUACCCGUUGACGAAACGAACAGCGACGACGGGCGGCCUCAAUGCAAGUCGCGUCGCCAUACUAGUGGGUCUAGAAGCUAACAUAUCAAUAGGGAAACGCACAGCUCUCAAAGUCUUCCCGGGGUUUAGGUGAAGGUUUAGGUAUUGGUCAGAUUUACACAUUAAAAGAUAUUGGCAUCAUAUAGCAUAAUUUGGCGUUAUGUUGAAAGGAAAUGCAUUAUUUGGGCUAUUGCAAAGCCUACCGGGGGCGUUUAUGGGGAAUACUGGCUAUAAUUGCCUCUUGGGCAUAUGCGGACAUUAGGAUCUUUGGUGUAUGGUAUGGGAAUUGCAUAUGAAGACUGCUUGGAUAUACCCCAAGGUUCGGGCGCGAUUCUAAAAUCCGAAGAAUACAAAGAAACUACUAUUGGCUAUACUAUUGGCUACAUACCUCUAUUAUCUAUGG